AUGUCCAAUUCGGUAUCAAAUCUUGUGUGUGUCAACGAUUAUGAAGAAUAUGCCAAGAAGAAAUUAUCAAAUAUGUACUUUGAGUUCUAUUAUAGUGGAGCUGGACAACAAAAAACUUUGAAAUGGAAUAAAAGUGAUUUUAACAAAUAUCGCAUUAGACCAAAAUAUAUGCGCAAAGUAAGCAAUAGAAAUUUAUCAACAACUAUAUUGGGCAAGUCUGUGGCAUUUCCUAUAGGGAUAUCUCCCUCGGCUUUCCAUAAAAUAGCACACGUGGAUGGAGAAUGUGCUACUGCGAAAGCUGCUCAAGAUUUAGAAACCAUCUUCAUAUUAAGUUCACACUCUAAUUUACUUUUGAAGAAGUCUCGAAAGCGGCACACAUAGCAGAAAAUGGCUACAAAUGUAUAUUUUCCAAAGCAGGGAAAUUACGAAAGAUUUUGUUAAAAGAGCAGAAACAAACGGAUUUGAAGCAUUGGUACUUACCAUAGAUUUCGCUCUAUUUGGUCUCCGACAUAUAAAUUUAAGAAACCAGUUUAGGCCACCACCUAAUGUGCAGUCGAUUCUUCUUAACAAAUAUAAAGAUAGUAAUACUAUAAAAAACUUUAUUGAUUUUUCCGACCCAGAUGCCGACUGGAGCUACAUUACGUGGUUAAAAAGUAUCACGAAACUACCAAUCGUAGUAAAAGGUGUAUUAACAGCUGAAGACGCUAUCGCAGCAGCAGAUGCAGGAGCUUCUGCUAUUAUUGUAUCGAACCAUGGUGCUAGACAAUUAGAUAGUCUUCCGUCUACGAUAGAAGCAUUACCGGAGGUAGUAAAAGCAGUUGGGCGUAGAAUUGAAGUGUACAUGGACGGAGGAAUCAGAGAUGGCACUGAUGUAUAUAAAGCUCUAGGGCUGGGAGCUAGAAUGGUGUUUAUUGGUAGACCUGCAUUGUGGGGUUUAACUCACGAUGGAGAAAAGGGUGUCAAGAAAAUUUUAGAGAUCCUAAAAAAGGAACUAGAUAAUGCAAUGGGAAUCACAGGAUGCUCAAAACUAACCGAUAUAAAUCAAGAUCGAGUGGUUCAUGAAAGCUACUACGCAAGGCUAUGA